AUGGGAUGGCAUAUGCCUCCAGUAGUCUCUUCUAUGCCACACAAGUCUCAGUUGAAGGGUCAGAUAAAGUGUGCUCAUGGGCAGGGUGGACCUGUGUAUGGAACGCAUGCAAAGCAGCUCGACAUAUACUACGACUUGGUUGAACCCCUGGUUAAGAAUGUCCUCGCUGGUUACAACUGCACUUUGUUUGCUUAUGGACAAACAAGUACAGGCAAAACAUUUACAAUGGAAGGUGAGCAAAUCAUUUCAGCUCAUGAACACUCAUGGAACGAAGAUUCUUCAGUUGGUAUAGUACCACGAGCUUUGCAACACAUUUUUACUGAAUUGGAAAAUCAGGAUGCAGAAGAGUUCUCAGUUCGUGUGUCAUAUGUUGAGUUAUACAACGAAGAAUUGUACGAUUUGCUUGGGAAUGCUGAGCUGGGUCAUGCAAGAUUGCGUCUCUUCGAAGACUCGGUGCGAAAAGGCUCGGUAAUCGUUAGUGGCUUGGAAGAAGUUCCAGUGUCUGACCGCCUUGAAGUUCGUGAACUACUGAAAAGGGGUGCAGAGAAACGACGAACUGCCAUGACCCAAAUGAAUUUGAAUUCAAGCCGUUCUCAUACAGUUUUCACAAUAACGGUUGUAAUUCGAGAAAAUACUGUGAGCGGAGAAGAAGUUAUCAAACAAGGAAAGUUGAGUUUAAUCGAUUUGGCUGGUUCGGAAAAUAUAGGCCGUUCAGGUUCCAUUGAUAAAAGGGCUCGAGAAGCAGGAAGUAUUAAUCAGUCGUUGUUAACACUUGGUCGAGUCAUUAUGGCUUUAACUUCGGGAGCUGGUCAUGUCCCGUAUAGGGAGAGCAAACUUACGAGAAUUUUGCAAGAUUCAUUAGGUGGGAAGACUAUUACUACGAUUGUAGCGACAUUGUCGCCAGCUUCUACCAACAUUGAAGAGUCGAUUAGCACGCUGGAAUAUGCUUCAACUGCAAAGAAUAUUAAGAAUCAGCCCGAAAUAAAUCAAAAAUUGACGCAUCGUGCUUUGCUCAGGGCUUACAAUGACGAAAUGAACCGCCUGAUGCGCGAUUUACAAGCUGCGCGCGACAAGACAGGCUUCUUUGUGGAUCGUCAAAAUUAUGAGAACAUGAAUAUGCAACUUGCGCAACAGAGUCAGCAGAUUGAAACACUCACCGAUGAACUGCAAUCAGUCCUUGAACGCAUCCAGUUGCUAAUGCAAGAUGCAGAACUCUUGGGCCAGCAUUAUGGCCGUCUUUAUGAACGUUACAAGCAUAUGGAACAGAAAUAUAAGGAACGUUGCGAUGAAAAUGCCCAGUUAAACUUGGAAUUGGCGGACUGCAAGUCGAAUUUAGAAAAUCAUCGAUCCGUCCUGACGAAAUUGCAAGAAUCAGCGAAUCGAAGUCAGUCAGAGAACAGGCAGCUUCGUCAAAACUGCUCACAUUUGGACUGGGAAUUGGAUAGAACACAUGACAAAAUUGAUGUUUUCCGUAAUGCAGCAAAUGAAAAUGAAAAAUUGUAUCUCCAAUGUACAACAUGCAGUGCACAAAGUGCUGAUAAACUGAAGAAAGGUGUUGAAGAUUGGAAUGAUAUGAUACAAUCGGAAAUGAAAAGAAUAAUGGAUUGUUGUGAGCGAACGAAAUCGAAUGUGGAGGAAGAUAUGCAUACAUUCCGGAACUACACGGAAUUACUUCGUUCUCAAUUGUCUGAAUUUUUUACUGGUUGUGAGGGUGGUACCGACAACUCAGUUAUCAGUUUUCUGAAGGAAGUUUGUGUAUUCAUUAAUGGUGCCGAAAGUUAUCAUGAAAAAUUAUACGAACAACACAACAGAUUUAUUGAUUUCGUAAUGAAACAUGUAGAAGAAUAUGAAUUGCGGGGGAAAAGUUAUUACGAAGUUUCCACCAAUUAUACCAAUUUUACCGUGUCAGUGGCAGAAAAAAUGAAGCACAUGGUUACCGAUGCAUUAGAAACAUACAUUGAAACGACGAGAAAUGAAACGCAACAAGUAAACGACAAAUUAAAAUCAUUGAGGGCUGAACAACAGUCUGCUUUUGAAAGGCAAUGUAUAUACGUGAAAACUACCAUCGACGAAACAUGUCCUAAUAAGACGGCUUGGGAAUCAUUCAGACAUGAUUUUUCAAAGAAAAUCACUUCCCAGAGAGAGUAUGUUGAUGACACGCACAAAACAAUGGAAGCGUUAUGUAGAGAUUUGCAAAAACAGGGCGACGUGGUAUCUGCACGUAUGAAUGAAAUGGCAAACUUAAACACAGAUGUUGCCAUGCAUCAGAUAGAGGUGAGUGGAGUGGCGUCAUCAUCAUUGCUCCAAGAAGUAAAUGAAGCACAUUCUCGAACAAAGCAGUUUUUUGAAAGGAAUAUUAUUCGUCCAUCCAGCACUGGCAAAACGCCGGUUCGUAGAAAGCAGGUAGCACUUCCAGAACCAGUUGAAAUCCCGGAUGCUAAUGAACUGAUUAACAAAACCAAUGAAAGUGAAGUGCCACGAAGGUUGAGUCAGUACCGGCCGCGUGAUUCGAUUUUGGAAACGUCGUUUGCCAUUCUCUCACCAGGAGCCCUCAGGGAGACAUUAAAAUGUGAUCUGGACGAGAUUAUUGAGGUACCUGAAGACGGUAAUGAAUGUGGUGGUGCAGCUGUUAGAAAGCAGAAUGAUUCAGCGCUAAACAUCACGAAAAGACGACGCGCUUUUCAGAGUCGAAAUUCAUGAUCUAACCUUGCUAAUUUUCGAUUUGAAGCAAAAUGCACUGAAAUUUCAACAUUGCUCAUCUUCAUCAGUUUGUAGAUAUUGAAAUUUUCUAAAUAUUUCAUGUAGCAGAAGGAUUUUUUCAAGUUAGAUGAAAACAAAAAUUUCUGGUUCAAAAAUCCAAGACUAUGUUGUUUCUCAAUAUAUUCUGCUAUAUUCGCUGAAAAAUAUUGUGUCUUCUGUAAAUGAU